AUGCUUUUCUUCAAAGUUGCCAUCGCUGCUGUUUCAGCUGCCACAAUCUCCGCCAGCCUUGUCUAAGUUGACCAAGCUAUCACUCGUGACGUCUUACAACGACGAUUUGCAGAGUUCACUCCGAUCAUCGAAAAGAGAUUCUCAAAACCCCUCAAAACUCGUAACUCUUCUCCUGGACCUGGUCCUACUUCUCCUGGAUCUGGACUCCCCCCCACAGAAGCGCCCCCAACCUGCAACCCAUGUGAACAAGGAGGCGGUUGUUGUUGA